AUGGCUGGCAUUUUGCAUUACUUGACGUACUUCCUCGGCCGCUUGUUCUACCCCUUCCGAGGCCAUGACUCCCGCCAGUUCAUCUAUAGCCCGGCAUUCAAAGAUAUACCCAAGCCGAACAUGACCCUUGAGUGUAAAGAAUGUGGUCCGUCGGGCUCGAAGCUUCUUCUGCAUCAUACCUCCCUCGCUGAAGAUGGCAUCGGCUGCAUUCCCGAACUGAAAUGGACACCCCCACAAGUCACCGAGCCCGUCAAGGAAUAUGUCUUGAUUAGCGAGGACAUCGACUUACCAAUUCCAUUCCUCGUUAUCCAUCAUGGCCUGUUUUGGGGAAUCAAUCCUUCCCACCGAGCUGUUACUCCACUGCAGACCAAUGUGCCGAAGGACAAUCCGAAGCGGCAGACUAAUUCCGCGUGGAACUACGUACCCAACCUCCGAGGCGCAGCUUAUAUCGGUGCAAGCCCUGUCCUCGGUCAUGGAACCCACCGAUAUGUCUUCACCAUCAUCGCGCUAAAGGAAACCCUCGAAUUCGAUUUCCCUGAGAAGGUCAGCAAAUCGGACAUCAACAAAGCCAUCACUGGCAAGGUUAUUGGUUGGGGUCAAUGGGUUGGGGAAUUUGAGCGCCCCUGGCCCAACUAA